UGCGGGUGGCCAGCUCGCAUGGGGAUGAUCGAUCUGCCACUCCGAGUCGACUGCAUCGGUUUCCUUAUAUCGGACGGUCGCCCAGCGUGUCCAUCAGUAUUGGAGGGGCUGCCUGAUUUGCCGGAGUGUUUGUCGGUCUAGGGGUGGAGGGCCUGGUGCAGUGGAGUUGUACACGCUCGGAUACAGCAACUCUCGUGGUUCGGAAAUAUGAAUCACAUGGUUUAGAAAGGAAUAAAUGAAGCUGCAUGCAGGCUCUGCAAGUCAUGGCCCCCAAUCGUAGGCAUCAGCGUAAGCAGGUAGGCUAUUAAUUAAGCCCGAUCGCCGAAUGUUAACUCCGUCAUACCCUGGUCCAAAAAUGUUACAUCCUAUCUCCGACCAGGCUGUCAGACAUAAAUACUCUUGGCACAGCAAGUGGUGUUCACCAACGCACCUCAUCGUCUCUCUCCGUCCCAAAGCAUCAUGUCCACCAAGCCGUUAAUUCUCAUCACCGGAGCCAACCAAGGCCUGGGCUUCGCGACUGCCACACACCUCGCCAACACCGGCCGAUACCAUCUCUUGAUCGCCGCUCGGUCACUCGAAAAAGCAGAGACCGCGAUUCAAGAACUACAAACCAACUCCAGCACAGUGGACUCCACCGCAUUGACGCCCCUAGUGAUAGACGUCACCGACGACGACUCCAUCCGCGCCGCCGCCCAGACCGUCACCGACCGAUUCGGGUCCCUCGACAUCCUGAUCAACAACGCCGGGAUCAGUCGACCAGCAGAUCCCACACUGGGUCUCCGAGACAGCUUUCGCGCCGUGUUCGAGCUCAAUGUCUUCGGGGUGGCCGUGAUGACCGCGACCUUUUUGCCGCUCCUGCGGGCCUCGACGUAUCCCGACCGACGGAUCGUCAAUGUCUCCAGCGGACUGGGGCAGAUCGGAAUCGCCUUGUCGCCUACAUCGCCGUACAAUGUGCAUGCAUUUGCCCUGCCAAUCUACCGCAGUAGCAAAACGGCCGUGAAUAUGCUCACGGCGGUGGAUGCGGUCACGUUGGCAGAGGAGGGCAUCCUGGCAGUGGCAGUGGAUCCGGGUUACUGUCGCACGAAUUUCAAUGGGAAUCGCGGGUUGAAGGAUCCGGGGGUGGGGUCGUUGGCGAUUGUAAGGGCGGCGACGGAGGGGAAUGCGAAGGAGAUGGUGGGAGGGUUUGUGGAUGAUGAUAAUUCGUUGGAGGAGUUUGGGUGGUGAAGAAAUAGCCAAGGAGAUUUCCAGUAGGUGGAUGGAUGGAUUGGAAGAAUGAAUGAAUCGGGGCUCUCCCCUCUUAUCUUGCCCCACCGAUAACGUAUUGUAAGUUGUAUGUAACUGGCCCCUGCGGGGGUGGCCUAUCUGCUUAUCGCGUGCGGAG